GGAGUCUGAUUUUUUCCUGCCUGUAAUGGGAGCCAUUGUAGGGUUUUAGGACAGAAAGUAACAGACCAGAGUUUUGGUUUGAAACGUCACUCUGGUUGCUGUGUGGAGAACGCACAGGAGGAGGCAGGGUAGAGACAGGGAGGAAAGUGAAGAGGCUAUUGUAGGGACCACGGUUGACUCAGAGCAGAGUGUGGCAGUGGAGAUGGAGAGAACAGAUUCUAGAUAGGUUCAUGAGGCAGCAUUGGCAGAGCUUGAGACUCCCUGGAUGCAGGGGGGAGAGAGAGCGAGAAAGAGAGAGAGAGAGAGAGAGAGGAACUGACAGGAAGAUCCCCGGUUUCCGGUAAGAGCGCUCCUGGUCCGACUCUGCUUUAGUUCCUCAUCUGUAACAUGGGGUGAAAAGAGUUGUGAGAAUUAAAUGAGUUACAUAUGUAAAGCACUUAGAACAAUGCCUGAUACAUUGCUAUCGUUAUCAUUAUCAUUAUUGUUAUUGCUCUACACUGUUGAAAACUGUAGGAAUUUCUUGCUUCUGUACGCAUCAAGUUGUUUUUUUUUGUUUGUUUUUUGUUUUUUUGCGGUACGCCGGCCUCUCACUCUUGUGGUCUCUCCCGUUGCGGAGCACAGGCUCCGGACGCACAGGCUCAGCGGCCAUGGCUCACGAGCCCAACCGCUCCGCGACAUGUGGGAUCUUCCUGGACCGGCACACGAACCCGUGUCGCCAGCGGACUCUCAACCACUGCGCCACCAGGGAAGCCUCGCAUCAAGACGAGGCGGCGACGCGCGACGUGCAGCGACUGCUAGUGCAGUUCCAGGAUGAGGGCGGGCAGCUGCUGGGCUCCCCAUUCGACGUGCCCGUGGACAUCACCCCGGACAAGCUGCAGCUCGUGUGCAACGCGCUGCUGGCCCAGGAGGAUCCCCUGCCACUGGCUUUCUAUGUCCAUGAUGCCGAGAUCAUCUCGUCUCUGGGGAGCACACUGGAGUCACAGGCGGUGGAGACAGAGAAGGUCCUUGACAUCGUCUACCAGCCACAGGCUAUCUUCAGGGUUCGUGCUGUGACCCGCUGCACCAGCUCCUUGGAGGGUCACAGCGAGGCAGUCAUUUCUGUGGCCUUCAGCCCUACAGGAAAGUACCUGGCCAGUGGCUCUGGAGACACUACUGUGCGCUUCUGGGAUAUCAGCACUGAGACACCACAUUUCACAUGCCAGGGACACAGACACUGGGUCCUUAGCAUAUCCUGGUCCCCAGACGGCAAGAAGCUGGCUUCAGGCUGCAAGAAUGGCCAGAUUCUCCUGUGGGACCCAAGCACAGGGAAGCAAGUGGGCAGGACCCUUGCCGGCCACAGCAAGUGGAUCACAGCCCUGAGCUGGGAGCCCCUCCAUGCCAACCCCGAGUGCCGCUACGUGGCCAGCAGCUCCAAGGACGGCAGCGUGCGGGUCUGGGACACGGCUGCGGGCCGCUGUGAGCGCAUCCUCACUGGGCACACACAGUCAGUCACCUGUCUCCGGUGGGGAGGGGACGGGCUUCUCUACUCCGCCUCCCAGGACCGCACCAUCAAAGUCUGGAGGGCUCAUGAUGGCGUGCUGUGCCGGACUCUGCAAGGCCAUGGCCACUGGGUGAACACCAUGGCCCUCAGCACCGACUACGCCCUGCGCACGGGGGCCUUUGACCCAGCCGAGGCCUCAAUUAAUGCCCAAGACCUCCGAGGGUCCUUGCAGGAGUUAAAGGAGAGAGCUCUGAGCCGCUACAGCCUCGUGCGGGGCCGGGGCCCAGAGAGGCUGGUAUCUGGCUCAGAUGACUUCACCCUGUUCCUGUGGUCCCCAGCGGAGAACAAGAAGCCCCUGGCACGGAUGACGGGGCACCAGGCCCUCAUCAACCAGGUGCACUUCUCCGCGGACUCACGCGUCAUCGCCAGCGCCUCCUUUGACAAGUCUAUCAAGCUGUGGGAUGGCAGGACGGGCAAGUACCUGGCCUCCCUGCGUGGCCAUGUGGCUGCCGUGUACCAGAUUGCAUGGUCGGCCGACAGCCGGCUCUUGGUCAGUGGCAGCAGUGACAGCACACUGAAGGUGUGGGAUGUGAAGGCCCAGAAGCUGGCCACAGACCUGCCAGGCCAUGCGGAUGAGGUAUACGCUGUCGACUGGAGUCCAGAUGGCCAGAGAGUGGCAAGUGGUGGAAAGGACAAAUGCCUCCGGAUAUGGAGGAGAUGAGAAAUCCCAAGGAUCCCCACCUGGACUCAGCCUCUGCCAGCUGUCUGCCCUGAUGGAGACCAAAGGCCGGGGUGAUGACCUUGAGAAUGAGCGUGGCCUGCCGUCCUUGGACAGACCCCAGUAGCGUCCCUCCCCAGAGCAGGAGGUCGAAGGUCGUGGGAGGUUCUCACUGAGCUCAGCCCUUGGCCAUCACUUGGUAGCUCGCUGAUGCCAGCACAGGGGAGGCCGAGCGAUGACUGGCCCUUACUGCUGCCCCUGCCUCCUUUCCUAAAUGCCGUCUAUUUAGGGUCAGACCCCAGAUUCUGUGACCAAAUAAAUAACUUAUAGUUUGUG